AUGCAAUGGCCGACGGCGGCGCUGCAGCUGCUGUGCCGGCCGUCGCUGAGCGCCGCUCAGCUCCGGCAGGUGGACGCGCACCUGCUCAGCUCUUUCUCGCACCUCCUCGCCGACCGGUUCCUUCCCAACCAGCUCCUCCGCUCGCUGCUCCCGGCGCACCCGCUCGGCGCCCUCCGCCUGUUCCCGCGCCUCCGCCGCAUCCUCCCCGACUUCCGGCCGAACAACUACACCUUCUCCUUCCUCCUUAAAGCUGCCGCUGAUUCGUCAGCCCCAGCGUCUCUGAGACCGGACUCCCCUUUCGGCGCCCACGCCAUCGUCCCCUCUCUCCAUGCCCUCGCCGUCGUCCUGGCCUGGGACGCCCACGCCUACGUCGCCAACGGCCUCAUCCACGCCUACGCCACCCACGGCGUCCUGCCCUCCGCCCGCCGCCUCUUUGGAGACGCCGUCGCCUCCCGUGCGGCCGACGUGUGCUCCUGGACGUCACUCCUCACUGCCUGCGCCAAGGCCGGGCAGGUGGACGAGGCGCGCGCCCUGUUCGACGGAAUGCCCCGCAGGAACGACGUCGCCUGGAGCGCCAUGCUGAGCGCCUACGUGGCCGCGGGCAGCUUCGCCGACGCCGUGCGGCUGUUCGAGGACAUGCUCAGGUCCGGCGUCCGCCCCAACAGGGCGGCGGUGGUCGGGGUGCUGGCUGCCUGCGGGGCGCUCGGGGCGCUGGACCAGGGCAGGUGGGUGCACGCCUUGCUGGUUGGCGCCCACGGUGAUGGUCCAGCAGCGAUGGACGGCGUGGUGGCGACGGCGCUGGUGGACAUGUAUGCCAAGUGCGGGAGCCUGGACACGGCGAAACAGGUGUUUGCAGCGGCCCCACGGGGGCAGCGGGACGUGUUCACCUACACGGCCAUGAUCUCGGGGCUCUCGGACCACGGCCGCUGCGGGGAGGCGAUCGAGCUGUUCGGGCAGAUGCAGGCUGAAGGGGUGCGCCCCAACGAGGUGACCUUUAUCUGCGUGCUCACCGCCUGCGGCCGCGCGGGCCUCGUCGACCGCGCCAAGGAGGUGUUCCGCAGCAUGGCGGCGGUGCACGGCAUGGAGCCCGGCGUGGAGCACUACGGGUCCCUGGUGGACGUCCUGGGCCGCGCUGGGCUGCUGGCGGAGGCCAUGGAGGCCGUGCGAUCGAUGCCGAUGAGGCCUGAUUCGUACGUGUUGGGCGCGCUGCUGAAUGCUUGCGCGGCGCACGGCGACGUGGAGGCCGGGGAGCAGGUGGUGCGGUGGCUGGCGGAGCUGGGGCUGGACCACAGCGGGGUGCACGUGCAGCUGUCCAACAUGUACGCCGGGUGGAGCAAGUGGGAGGAGGUGCUCAAGGUCCGCCGGAACAUGGAGGACAGGAAGGUGGCCAAGGUGCCCGGGUGCAGCAUGCUAGAGGUGGAUGGCGUGGCUUGCGAGUUUGUGGCCGGCGACCGCUCGCAUCCGCGGACGCGGGAGGUCAUGUCAGCUAUUAGAGACCUCCACGGGCAGCUCCGGCAGUUGGACCACGACUGUUGUUACCUCACCAUGGAAAUGGAGCUCCAGCUUAGCUAA